ACCCUGCUGUAUACACGGCAUCUGCCUGUACACAGUCUCUCGUGUUCUCGCCCUCCCUCUCAUCUCUCAUGUGCGCGCGCUGUCAUUAACGCACCGCAGCUGCGCACGUCAGACGCGCUCGAGCACACGGUUCGGUUCGGACAUGAUACCGGUGCGGACCCGGAGAUGAGGCUCAGAAAUGGCACCUUCCUAACAGUCUUACUAUUCGGGUUAUGUGGGCUUAUAUCGUUGUCCUGGUACACCGCAUUCAGCAAUUCCAAAGGUAAUGUCGUAGACAUUUACCAGCGAGAAUUUCUGGCCCUGAAAGACCGUCUGCACUCCGCUGAGCAAGAGAACCUCAAACGCUCCAAAGAGCUGAACCUGGUGCUGGACGAGAUCAAGCGAGCCAUCGCUGAGAAGCAAGCGCUGCGGGACAUCAACCGCACCUGGAGCAGUCUGUCAGAUGAGACCAAGCUGAAGUUGUGGAACGUGACCAGCAGUAAGAAUGUCCUUCAGCUGCCCAGCAUCUUCCACCAUCUGCCUCACCUGCUGGCCAAAGAGACCAGCCUCCAGCCGGCCGUGCACAUCGGCCAGGGCCGCACCGGAGUGUCGAUAGUGUUGGGGGUGCCCAGUGUGAAGAGAGAGGUGCACUCCUAUCUGACGGACACGCUGAGCUCACUGAUGUCAGAACUGAGUCCGGCCGAGAAGGAGGACUGUGUGAUUGUCGUCUUCAUCGCCGAGACGGAUCAACAAUAUGCAAAUAGUGUUGCUGACAACCUUAAGCGCCUGUUUCCAGGAGAGAUUCAGUCAGGGCUGUUGGAGAUCAUCUCUCCCUCCAUCCAUUUCUAUCCAGACUUCUCUCGCCUCAAAGAGUCUUUUGGUGACCCUAAAGAGCGGGUCAGAUGGCGAACAAAGCAGAACCUGGAUUACUGCUUCCUGAUGAUGUAUGCCCAGACUAAAGGGACUUAUUACGUACAGCUAGAGGAUGACAUUGUAGCACGGCCAAAUUACUUCACCACGAUGAAGAAUUUUGCCCUGCAGCAGCCGUCAGAGGAGUGGAUGAUCCUCGAAUUCUCCCAGCUGGGCUUCAUCGGUAAAAUGUUCAAGUCAUUAGACUUGCCGUUGAUCGUUGAGUUUAUGCUAAUGUUCUACAAAGACAAGCCCAUUGAUUGGCUGUUGGACCACAUCAUGUGGGUGAAGGUGUGCAAUCCAGAAAAAGAUGCGAAACAUUGUGACAGGCAGAAGGCAAACCUACGCAUCCGCUUUAAACCGUCUCUCUUCCAGCACGUUGGAACACACUCUUCCCUCGCUGGAAAGAUCCAGAAACUCAAGGAUAAGGAUUUCGGAAAGCAGACAUUGCAUAAAGGUCACGCUAACCCGCUAGCUGAGGUCACCACCAGUCUGAAGACGUACCAGCAUUUCACUCUGGAGAAGGCCUAUCUGGGGGAGGAUUUCUUCUGGGCAUUCACACCUGUGGCUGGAGACUUCAUACGCAUCCGCUUCUUCACACCUGUCCGAGUAGAGAGGUAUUUCUUCCGCAGUGGAAACAUCGAGCACCCUGGAGACAAGCUCUUCAACACUACGGUGGAGGUUCUUCCUUUCGACAAUAUUCAGUCAGAGAAAGAAGCGCUGAAGGAGGGGAGAGAGAAGACGCCGAAGUACCAGCGCACAGAAGAUGGCUUCAUCAGAAUAGGGAGGUUUGACCAGGGGAUCGCGGAGGGGGAGGUGGACGCUUCCUUCGGCCCGCUGGAGGCUCUGCGGCUCUCGGUCCGGACUGACUCUCCUGUGUGGGUCAUUCUCAGCGAGAUAUUUAUCAAGAAAGCGGAGUGACUGGUGUUCAACAAUACCUCGUGACUUCACCGGGUCUCUUCUGCAGGAUGGAGUCUGCUCAGC